AACGGUUACUUGUUGGUCAUGAAAUCAAGAUUAUUCACAAGUAACAGAAACGUAGAAGUUUUGUGAGAGAAUGGUUUCAAACGGUAAUAUUCUACUAAUUAGUCACAAAAAAUGAGAAUCAACAUUCAAUGGUCUUACCUUAUGUAAAUGUCCUCAAAAUUUUCAUAAACUGGAAAGUAGCCGUUGGAUCAUUGGAAAAGAAAAAGGAAACUAAGAAGAAUACAAAUAAGACGAAUCCUUGUUCUUAGAUUUUCAUAAUCUUUGUGGUAUAUUUCUUUCUCUUGUAAAUGAAUCCUAAAAGAUGUGCUGCCUGCAAAUAUCUGAGAAGAAAAUGUCCAAAAGAUUGCAUUUUCUCACCUUAUUUCCCUCCAAGUGAUCCUCAUAAAUUUGCAUGUAUCCACAGAAUCUAUGGUGCUGGCAACGUUUCCAAAAUGCUUCAGCAACUUCCUGUUCAGACAAGAGCUGAAGCAGUGGAAUCUUUGUCCUUUGAAGCAAAAUGCAGAGUAGAUGAUCCUGUUUAUGGAUGUGUUGGGAUCAUUUCUUUACUCCAAACUCAAAUUCAGAAAACUCAAACCCUUUUGGCCAAAACUCAAGCUGAGAUUGCUGUUGCUCAAACCAAACAUAGCCAACACACAAAUCUCUCAACUUAAAUGUAAUUUCUCAGUUUCAUCUAUAUUUUUCUAUAAUUUUCCAAAUAAAAUCUCUUAUUUAAUCACUCUUUCUGUGUCCCAUUGCUAAAUCUUUAAAUUCCAUAUUUGUCUUGGGUGAUUGAUAAUGUAGUACCUAGAAUGAAAUUAUCUUUCGACAGUAUACAAACUGGUUAAAUAAACAUUGCCACCCUUUUGUUUGUACUACCAAAAUCACAUCGAUACCAAACCGAUAAGGACAUGUUUCCGGUUUGAUACAAAUUUACAAACGUAGGCUCAACCACUAUCAGAGUAAAGGAUGAUUAUGAUACAUUGACCUGGAAACAAAGAGCACGUAAUAUCUCAGAUCAUUUCACUCUUCAACACUCGUGUGUCGUGCCACUGUCUGCGAUGUGAAUCAUGUGUUAUCUUUCAUUUGCUUG